UCAAUUUAAGAAAGACUUCACAUGCUAGAAGCCUAGAACCACAAUGUGUGUAGAUUGUAGUCUCUCUUUUUUUACCAUUAAAUUGCUAAUUUUGAGCGUUCCAUGAAGAUUUAAAGCCACGGUGCAAAACAUUUACAUCACUCUCAUAACAUCUCUACACUCAGCUUCUAUCUUCUUUCAUUUUUAUAAUAACCGGCCAUGACUCACAGAUUCAACAAUUAUAAAAAACGACGAUCACUACAGGUAACAGGAAACCGAAGAAGACGAACAUGGGUUCGUUAUCUCGAAAUGGAGGAAUCCUCCAGCAGUUUUCCGGAAAUAUUCAAUGCAAAAAAAAGCACCCUUUGUGUGCACAACGCAGAAAUUGAAAUCACAAGUGAUAAAUGUCUUAUAAGGGGUCAAGCAGCAUUUCUGGGCGAGGACUGCCCCAGGGGGAUAUCAAUACGGUCGUUCUCAGAAAAUGGUGUAAAAUGCACCGAUUUUGUUAUUCCACGAGAAGUCCAUGUGGUUGAGGCUGCCACCCGUCGUGUUGCUCACCGUGCCACCAGUCCUCGACAUUCCGACUCCUCCUUCCAGCACAAUCCGAAAAAGCCCCACAAAAAGAAGCAGAGUAAGCAGGCAUCCCUGGAGUAGUAUGUUAACUUAAUUUGCUGUUAAUUUAUGUAUUUUAAGUGAACAACUAUGUUUAAUAUUUUAUUAACGUAUCUCUUAACUUUGUAAUAUUUAGUUGUUAAUUUCUUGCGUUAAUUAUGUGGAUCUUGUUUAUAAAGAUCGUAUCCUUGUGACUUAAUUGCAAGCUUUAAUCUUUUUCUUAAA